UAUUGGGCUUUGAAAGUAAUUUUAAGGCCUUAUUCGUUUUGAGACUUCCAAAGAAAUCUGUUUGGUCUCAAGCUGUCGCCGCCUCCAUCUUCUGAACCCAAGCUAAACCUCAGUCUUCCGACGACGACGACAACGACAGCGGUGGUCUAUCUUAAAGUGAUUUUGUUUUUCACCCCGCCUCCUGUCUCUCUCUCUCUCUCACUGGCUCUGGUUUUCCAUCGGGGCAUUUACUCAGAUGGAAGCCAAAUUUUUUCGCUUUCUUAAGAUUGUGGGUGUGGGCUACAAAGCCAGGGCUGAAGCUGAAGGACGCCUGUUGCUUCUGAAAUUGGGUUACAGUCAUGAGGUUGAGUUGACCGUUCCCCCUGCUGUUCGUGUUUUCUGCUUCAAGAACAAUGUCGUUUGCUGCACUGGAAUUGAUAAAGAUAGGGUGCACCAGUUUGCUGCUUCCGUGCGUAGUUGUAAGCCACCUGAAGUUUACAAAGGCAAGGGUAUAAUGUACGUUGAUGAAGUUAUUAAGAAGAAGCAAGGAAAGAAGUCUAAGUGAUUGGAUGUCUCAAAGCUUAUCUAUCGCUGGAAGUUGGUAAUCUUUCUUUUUGCAUUCUGGUUGUAAUCAGAAAAUAACAGUAGUCUGGGGUUUUCUUUCAAACUAUUGUCUUUUUAAUAUGGGUUUCUAAGUUGAUCCCUUAUCCUCAUUUAGGUUUCAUAGUCUGUACUUUUGGGGCUUUCCUGAAUGGAGUUCAGGUUUCUCCUACUUCGGAACCAUAGUGGAGAUAAAGUUAACCUCAGAACACAUUAAAUUUUAGAUGUUAAACUGAAGGAUUCACUGUUGAUUAUUCUUGGACAGGACUAGCCUAUGAUUUAAGAAUCAUGGCUUUAAAAUUGCAUGUCUGCUGUAAUUGUUGUCAACUGGUAAGGAAUGAGGUGGAUGAAGGUCUAAAAUUCUUAUUUCUGUUGAGGGACAAUAAUAAUUGUUGUAAUGUGUACAUGUAUACGUUCUGAAAAUAUUGAAGUUACAAUUUCUGUUAUAAA